UCAUGUGAGCCAGGGUUUGUUUUUCAGAAAAGUCCUUUGGCUUCACGCUUAAGGUUUGUCUAUUUCAAUGGUACAAUUCGGUUUUUAUAUCGCGGAUUGUUUGUAAUGCUUGAAAUCUUCACCUGACUGAUACUAUUUCGUCCUUGAAGUCGGUUCCGUACGAUUCUAAUGAUGUCUCUGGGUUUCCUGAGGUUUGUUUUGAGCCAGGCACUGAGCCGCAGUCCUCUUCGACCCAUCAGCCUUGCAAACCUAACACUGACCAGUAAACCAUCAACCCUCAGACCUGCAUGGAGCUACCACUCUAUCUUGUCCUGGCAAUGCAUUUCCUUCUCUACAGAUACUGAGAGUGGGGGCAGAGAUGUGGCAGAUCCCUCAAAGGAGACAAAAAAUCUGGACCCAAAAGCACAAGUCACUUUUACCAGUGUUGGUCGGAAGAUUGGCCAGCGCCACAUACAAUUAUUGGGUGAAGAUGGUGAGGAGUUGGGGACAAUGCACCGUGCUGAAGUAAUACGAAUGAUGGAUCAAACGGGGUUGAAGCUUGUUGCCAUAAAUGAAAAUUGUGAUCCACCAUUGUACAGACUGAUGAGAGGGAAACAGAUCCACGAAGAGCAGAUGAAACUGAGAGUAAAACAGAAAGCCAAGACAGGCCCUGUCCAAUCGAAGGAGCUCAAUUUCUCUGCAGAUAUUUCCCUUCAUGACUUAGACACGAAACUGCGGCAAGUCGUCAGCUGGCUGGAAAAAAAGAACCAUGUCAGACUCACUGUCAGAUCUGGAACUGACAGUGGCACACCACUGGACAAAGCCUUAUCUCAGAUGGUGGAGAGAAUAUCAGUACCUGUUGGCUUUAUAUCAAAACCCACUGUGGUUCGUAGGGGUCAUGCUGCCAUGUGCGUCCUUCGUCUUGCAUCUGCCAAAGAACUGCAACAAAAGGAAGCGGAGACUUCGAACAAGACUUUAAAGCCAGACUCUGACACACCAACGCCUCUUUCUGCCUCAUCCACAGAAAAACCAAAAGACUCAAAACAACAAUAAAGUUCUAGUCAAAUAAAAUUGGCAAAA